AUGGAGUUACAGAGCUGUGAAGCUUCCCUCUCAGUGGCCAUGUCUUCCAACCCCAAUCCCAAUGCCGAUGCCCGACCGCUGAAUCUGAGCGUUCUAAACGCGUCAAUGCUGUCUCCGAAAGAACUCAUGGCCUACACCAGGGCUCCUGGAAUCCAUAUUGCCACUAAGCAGUCGGACAACAUCCUUUUCACAUGCCUGCCAGGCCAUGCAGAAGGGCCUUUGCUGGAUGGAAAUCUCACCACCUUGUGUGCCAGCAAUGCUGCGGUGAAGGUGAGUGAUUUGUAUCAAGCAACUAGCUUGUUCAUGGAUGAAGUGCAGACACUCUUGAUGCAGAAGAAUUGCCCCGUAUUGAUGGAAGCUGGUACCACGGUAGAUCCCAACGUUGCCGUCAACACCGCUGGCGGUGGCAUGACGAUGCAGCAGUUGAGCCAUUUGCUGCGCUUGGCCUAUCACACGACGCCCUUCGGAGAUCCCCACCCUGCGCCGUUCAACUACACGGGCCCGACGGCAGCCUUUGCGGAGGUGGUGGGUUUCCUCAGUUUGCAACCGGGUGGUGCGCCCUGGGGCCUGCGGUGUCCUCCGGGUGCAGUGGUGGCAUCUGAUAGCUCCACCAUGCCUUACUGCCGUCAGCUGGACGCUGCGGCCGAGAAGACCUUCUAUUCCUUCUCCGGGUCGAUUGCGUGCCCCGACGGUAGCGCCGUGAGCGGCUGGUACAACCUGCCGAAUGUGCCGGUGGAGGGAGGUCCCUACGGUGGCCCCAGCAAUGCCACGGCCCUGAGGCUCUUUUGCCGCUCCACGCCACUGUUGUCGUCCUGUCAGCAACCCAUGGCCUCCUAUUGCCAGAGCGGAGGAAUCGUGAAUUCGGUGAGCUUUGAUUCCAACCAGUUCAAGCUCGGCUGCUGCCAGUUGCAGAGGCGCCUGGGCAUGGCCCUGACCUCCCAGCCGCGCCACAGUCGCAUCUACCAGGACUUCGAGGGUUACUACUGUCCCAGCCAGAUGGACAUCACUGGUGCACCCAGCUAUGUGAAGACUUUGAUGCCAAGCUUGGGGUCACCAUCGUCUUCAAGCACUUCGUCCUGGACCUUGAGCUGGAACCGCUUCGCUGAAACCUGGGAGCUCGCCUCUUCUUCUGGGAAGGUUUUUGCAUUGCCUGGGAGUGCUGAGACCCCCGUGGCGGUGAACGCUUCGGGUUCCGCUUUCUCGGCGAGCUUCAUUGAGCCCUUGACUGCGGCGUAUGUGAUGGGCUCCACGCCGCAGACGCUGUUUCCAAGCCAGAAGCCCACCGCACCGGUGCUGAUGAGUUUCCAAGCAUCGCCGCCCAACUACAAGGUCUAUUGUGAUCCAGCUUUUCGGCAGAAUCCCUAUGCCUUCGCAGGUGCUGCGUCUAUCCCACUUGGGAAUCCAUGCUAUCACACCUACAACACCAUGCCGGCCCAGCUGCAACCGGCGCCGAAGCAACCGCUGCUCAAGGGAAUCACUGAGGAGGCCUUUUGGCAAUGCAGCGAACGGAGCAAGCGCCGCAAGUACUUGAACCAGAUGAAUGUGGCAGACAAAGAGAAGCUGGCCAACAUGAUAGCAGCAAAACAAGCCACGAUACAGCAGAUCACCCUCGGUGUGGAACUGGCGGCGGGUUUGGUCGGGAUGAUCCCCUGGGGAAGCUUUGCCAUGCCGGGAGCCAAAGGGGCUGAAGAAGCAGAACAGCAGGUGGCGCAGGAGUCGGUGGCUGUCGUCAAGCGUGAGGUGGACCAGCAACUCCUCACGGAGGCCGAAGUUGAAAAGCUGACGCGCAGAGGGACCUUGGAAUCCAGCUUCAUGGAGGAUCUGAAACGUGCUGUGAGCAACGCAGGGCAAGCCGUUGCCAGUGCCGCAUACAGUGUCGGAGCCGGCAUUGCUGGAGGCCUUUACAACUUUGGCUCCAGCACCUUGCAGAAUAUCGGAAACAACCCCGUCGGGAGCUUCCAGGACUUCAUGGAUCAUGGCGUCUAUGCCCAGCAGGGCAUCACUGGCAUCAUCAGCUCCAAUCAACACGUGAAACCACCCACACCUCCAAGUCCACAAGCCUUGAUCAACAUGUCCAAGGAGCUGGUGCAACAGACCGUUCCAACUCUCACGGGCCAGUAUGUGCCUGAUGCCACUCUCUUGGCCGAUGCCGCCCAGAAAGAUUGCCUUCCUCUGCAGUACGGCCUGUCGAAGGUCAUGUGUGACCUCUUCUGCAUUGACGAUGCCGUACGGACAGGAACCUCUUCUGUCUUGACCAGCUUGCAGAACUCCCACAUGGCGCUCAUGACCAACAUCCGCGCCCUCUUGGACUACCAGACGCGAUACUUGUUGUGGGCCAUGGGCUCGCCGCAUGUGGCGACGCCGACCCACGCGCGAGCGGCAAGCGCGGCUUCGGAGAUCUUGUCGUUGCCAGCAUUGUUGCAGGAGCUCACCAGCUUUCCACAGACAGAAGAGAAUCCCACUUCGACUCUGGUUUUAGACCGAGAGGUCUUGGAUUGGCACAAAGAGACGGCAGAUGAUCUCAUUCUGCGGCUUAAGGAAACCUCUCUGACCAAUACAACCAAUGAUUCGGUGGCAUAUUGGCCUCAUCGUGUCAGAGCCAUGAAGGGAAUGCUGCAUCAUUACCAUCAAAGCCUGAGUGACCGAUUGAAGCCCAGCAACGCUUGGAAGACCUCGAAUUCCGCCCAGAACCAGAUCAAGGACAAACUACGUCGCUUGAGCGACCAAGCGUCCGAGCACCGUGAGGUGGCGCAGGCGGUGAAGGUGCUGCGGAUGCCUCCGCUGUCGGCGCCUGCUAGGUCGUUGGACGUGGAGGCACAAGUCGUUUGGACCUCGCUCUUGGAGUCCUUCCUCCACACCCAUGAGAAGCAUGAUACCUUCACCAUGCUCCACUUGAAGGCCUUGGACCAAACGGAUGAUGCAGUUCUUUUGGCACAGAAUUUCUCGGAAUGCGCAGGAGCCGACACUGCCUCGAUGCGGGAAUCCUGGGAACGGGCCCUUCAUGCGGAUGAGAGGUGCAGUGAAGCUUUGUUGGAAGCCUGGUCCGCCACCAUCACCACUGCAGAACGCUUGGAAGUCGCCAUCAAGGACCAAGGCUUCUUGGACCGCAUGGUGAGCCUCCUCCAUCUACAGCCAAGCCUCCUCAUGUCACCAAGCCUUUGCCAGAACCGCACGGCCCAAGCUGCCUGGGCUCAAGAGGCCUAUGCUGGGGCGGUGAAGUUGGUGGUCUCGUCCUUCAACCCUUUGGCCUUGCAGAUGAGCAUCUUCAAGGUCUUAGCCACUUUUCAGGAGCAGCAGCUGAAGCAGCGACGCUUGGAGUACCUGGAGGCGCCGGGCGGAAGCGCCACAUCCUCGUUGCGGACGCUCCUCGAGGCGGUCGCUGAUCCCAAUAGUUCCCAAGGUCAAGCUCUUGCACUGCGAGCGUUGGAGGGCUUCAAAGACACUUGCGGUGAAGACUUCUUUCUGCAGGGCCUGAAUCUUCGAUCGGAGCCUGUAAAGUCAUUUUUGUUGCUCUGA